GGUUAGCACGGUAUACUAUACCGAUGAGAUCACAACAGUAUUACAUGAUGAAUAAAAUACAAGGGAACUGGUAAACCUUUAUUGUUUCUCUUGCAUGGUCUCAACACUGAUAGUGAUCAAUUCUCAAAACCCGCAGAGUUUCAGUGAUGUUCUCCAUUAUGGGCAUGCAGCAGCUCCAAAUGACAAGAUCUUGGAGGAUGAAGACUUGGCAUUGCUUGAUAUGGGAGCUGAAUACAACUUCUAUGGUUCUGACAUAUCUUGUUCUUACCCCGUGAACGGAAAGUUUACCCCUGACCAAGCACUUAUAUAUAAUGCUGUCCUCGAUGCUAAGAAUGCAGUCAUAUCUACAAUGAAAUCUGGAACUAGCAGAAAAGGUUAUUCUUGAAUCAUUGAAGAGACGGAGCAUCCUAGUCGGGACCGUUGAUGAUAUGAUGGUCGAACAACUGGGUGCUGUUUUUAUGCCUCAUGGUCGAGGGCAUUUGCUUGGUAUUGACACUCAUGAUCCUGGUGGCUACCCAAAGGGAACGGAGAGGUCAAAAGAACCUGGAUUAAAGUCUUUACGUACAACAAGAGAACUCCGAGAGGGAAUCGUUAGUAUCAAAUUUCGCGUUCUUGUUUUCUUUUCCUUUUCCCCCAUUAAUAUACGGAUUAAAUCUUUUCGCCGGUGUUCUGAAUCUUUAUUUUCUGAACCCUGGCUAAAACGAAUUCUGUUGCAUUUGACGCUUUGUCUUGGUGGGUUGUUCCGUAGGUGAUAACAGUCGAGCCUGGUUGCUACUUCAUUGAUGCUUUGUUGACUCCAGCCAUGGGAAAUUCAAAUACUUGUAAGUUCUUCAAUUAUGAAGCAGCUAAUAGAUUUAAAGGUUCUGGUGGAGUCCGAAUUGAAAGCGAUGUGGUACCCCAUUUUCUGAACCCCUAUGAUUCCUUUUACUUAUGUUUGACCCGCGUUCCUUUUCCCGGUGGUUAAAUUUCGUUGUGUUCUUCUGGACCGGAAUGUACUUGUUCCUAUGCUAUUCUUUAAACCGUUCAUGCUGCUGAACUCACUUCACCUGCCUUUGCCUUUGUGAUUUCAUGCAUGUCUUGUUUUCUCUGUACUGUUAAUGUGUGCUCAUACCUGGUUCUGCAUUUCGUAGCUUGUCACGGCUAACGGUUGUAAGAACAUGACAAAGGUUCCUCGGGAAACAUCGGAGAUCGAAGCAGUAAUGGAAGCGGCGCCAUGGCCGCUUGAUAAAUCUUCUUCCGGCGAAAGGGCCGGACAAAACAACUGCAAUGAGUGACUUUGAUGUGCUCUCCAAGAUCUGAGUUCUUCUAUUUGUCAUGAAACAAAGCAUCCUCUCUCAAAUAUUGUUUUGCUUUUCAAUAUUUAUUUUCUUCAUUAAACAAAAAGAAUUCCAAAGUUAAACACUUGUAGGAAAGAUAUAUGUAAUUCUCUCUGCUGUAAAUCUCUCCGUGACGUUUUGAAAAUUUCUCACUUGUGAUAAAUUUUGUACAGUUUUGAUUCAACUUACUAACAAAA